AUGGACCAUUUUCGCAAAGCAGAGUCUAUAGCAACAAACACACUCUUGAUACCAGACGUGCCAGCAAACUUCUUUGACUGUGAUGAUGCUCUGCUAACACUCCAUGACGCAUUUGCAGAGUUUGGCCCGAUAUAUACGUUUGUCCCAAUGAAAGGAUUUCGAAGACUGAUGAUUAUAUUCCAAGAAACUGCGCAUGCCAUGAAAGCAAAGCAAGCAUUGGAUAGACACUCUAUCAUAUACAGAGAAAGAGAGCCUUUUCCCGAGAUUGUCACAUACGCCAAAGUAGAUGGCGAUACGGAACAAGUGUGGAAAGAUGCUGGAAACGUGGUAUUGAUGCUUCGAGUGUACUACGGACAGCAUUUCGCAAUCAAUGUAGAUCCAAAAUCUACCUCAUUACAAGUGCCACAAUUUCAACGCAAUUUGCUUAUCUCACCACCAGGUUCGCCAUUUGAUGGUUGGGAGCAGAUUGAAGAAGAUGCGCCAAAUCAAGCCGUGCUUGCAUCCGAUUUGAUGCACGCAGCCGAGAUCUCAGACUAUGAGCUUGACGAUGACGAGUUGGAAUUAGAGGCAAUUCACAAGGAAAAGAUGGAGAUCAAGAAACAACAAAAGGCUAUAUCCAUUGUGUGCUCUCGAGGAACAGAGCAACCAGAGCAUUUACCGUCGAUCACUGUGCAAGAUUGGGAUGGGCAUACACAGCUAGAAUUUGAUGGACCCAAGGAAGAGGGCAAAACAAGAAAGAAAACUGUAAACGACAUUGUGCCAACAGCAAUGCCACCACGAAGAAAUUAA